CUGUGUGCGGGCCCCGGGGCGGCGGAGCGGUGCCGGUACGUUCGACGGGCAGGACAGCCCACCGGCAGCCCUGCGUUGGUUUGGUGACACACCAGCGCGUCCUGUCCCGCCUCAGGGCGGUGGUAGUUGCGUGGGCUGUCAGUGUGCGUGAGCCAGACUGCCUGGCGGACGCGAGCCGGUUAUGGUGGGCUGGUUCAUGACUGUUAAUGCGGGUUAAUCUGCGGCUUCCUCGGGAGGGGCGGGCACUCUGGCCACCGGUGACAGGACCCGAGCAGGAGAGGUUUAGGGUUGGAUAUUUUAAAAAAAAAAAAAGGUUCUUUUCCCCCAGAGGGUGAUUUGGAACUGGAACAGCCUCCUCGGGAAAGUGGUCACUGCACCGAGCUCAAGAAGCACUCGGACAAUGCUUUUCAGGCACGGGGUGUGACUCUUAGGUGUGUCCUGUACAGGGCCAGAAGUCAGACUCCAUGAUCCUUGGAACAACAAAAAUGGCCAACCAAGAAGAAGCAGAGAUACAAAUUUCAGAGUUAGAUUUGCUGUCUAGCAUGUUUCCUUACGAGGAAGAGUUUGCUGUCACAGACCAGCUGGCUCUGGCUGAACUGAAACACUAUGUUGAAAAUGAGUCUGCAGAGGUGCCAUCUUCAAAAGUUCAGUUUACACUGAAUGUAAAGAAAGAGAUGCCUAAUGCCUCUAUGGUGGAAUUCUCUAUGGCCUGUGCUUUACCAUUUAAAUAUCCAACUGUUCUCCCAGAAAUUACUGUGAGGUCGUCGUUAUUAAGCCGCUCUCAGCAGAUUCUCCUAAACUCUGAUCUAAAAGCAUACUUGAUGCAAAACUUCAGUGGCGAGCCCUGCAUGCUGAGUGCGAGGGAAUGGGUUAAAGACCAUGCAGCUGGUUACAUUGACAAAGAUCUUUCAUCCUUCUCAAUGACAGCCUCAGAUGCCACGAAGUCAGAAGUCACCGUGUUCACUCGAUUGUGGAUCUACAGUCAUCACAUUUACAACAAGCAAAAAAGAAAAAAUAUUAUUGACUGGGCCAAGGAGCUCUCUCUGUCAGGGUUUUGCAUGCCAGGGAAACCAGGCGUUGUUUGUGUAGAAGGUUUACAAAGUAGUUGUGAAGAGUUCUGGUCAAGGGUAAGAAGAUUAACAUGGAAAAGAAUCCUUAUUCGGCACAGAGAAGAUGUUUCUUUGGAAGGUGGAGGACAUGCUGAGAUCCAGAAACAACGAAAGUUCCCCACUUUGGAAGAAAAAUGUUUUGAUGCACACGGUGCUCGGGGAAAUCAUAUGGACUUGGGGCAACUAUAUAAUUUUUUAGAAGAAAAAGGAUGUGCUGACAUAUUUCAAAUGUACUUUGGAGUUGAAGGGCAUUCAAGGGGUUGAAGAUCAGCAGAGACCCCAGCAGCUACAUUUCUAAUUUAAUCUUCUUAACAGAUUCCUUAGCUUUUCUGCAACAGUUGAUCAGAGAGGGAAUUAAUAAAUCAUGAUUCAUGUGAUGAAUCCAGUUUUCAAUA